AGCGACUGCUCAUUUUCCACCCCGGAAGCGGCAGUUUAAUUGACCCGUGGAAAAUUUUGUUUUAUUCGAAAAAUUUGAUUAAAUAAUACACCUCCCCCGGUAGUUCGAGUUUUUGCAUCGUUUUGACGGAAAAAGAAAACAUUUCCGAAAAGUACAAUAACCCCAUUCGAGAGGUACAAAACUUGCUUUUCAUCUCGUACUCAACCAAGAAUCCACACUACUUGUCACUAACAUCAGCUACUGCUAUUCAUAUUCACUUCUUUCUUCUGCAAAACUAUCAUGGCCGCGAAUACAAUUCUUCUGACAUGGUACGACUCACUUUUCCAAAGGAUAAGGUGAAGAUGCCGCGGACAGCACCACCAGUGAGAGCGGUCGCUACGACCAGCUUGCUGAUGGCGGCGUUGCUGCGGGUCACACACUUCGCCGUGCUGUUUGCAACGGCGUCGUGGGGCGCUCGUACGCAAGAUCAACCAGUACCUAUCCGAAGUGAAGAAAACGUCCCCACUCGGUAGUCAAGCACAAGACGGAAGAUUUGCUACAGAAGGCAAAAGGUUUUGGAUGACUUGCUUGCCGCGCAUGAGAACUUUGGAUGUACUCUGGUGUAGUCGUGGUCAGUUGGCGGUUCUUAUCCAGUUCUGGUGUGGUCGCGCAGUCGCGUCACAAAUCGAUUUCUUCUUCUUCAUCCUGAUUGCAGCAUGACCAGAUUAUACUUAGCAGUAGAAAUAAAUGCGCAUCUUCAUGGAAAGCCGCACGACAAAUAUCCUGAGUAGGGGUAUGCUUGCAGAUUUGCAUGAUAUAGUCUGGGGGGGGGACGUUCUCACUCAGGAUAUAGAUUUCCAUACGCGCGGCUGAACAGUUCUUGCGAGACGAGAUGAACGAUCUUGAGAGACUUGCUUACAAACUUGCUGAGGAUAACGAAUGGUUGGCCGAUACGGUGCGGAACGAUCUCGAAGUCGUGAGAGAGGAAUGCGCAGGCCCCGAAGCCUGUCUAUAUUAUACGGGCAGGGUGGCAGGUCUCGCCGAGAAUGUAAGGACACACGACGCGACAUUAAGGUGGGCUUACCAGAAUGCCGAAGGUGCCGGUCAGAACACUCUAGCUGUAUCCCGUGCAAAAGCAUCGUAGUCGAUCCAGUUUUUGCAGUCAUGCGUCACAAACACUCCUUCUAGACCAAAUUAGAAUUCCCAAGACGAAUUUGCUUUUUUCGUUCUUCCAAACUCUGUUCUUCAAGCAAACAAACAAAAUUUGUCAUGCAUAUUUUCGAAUGCGCAUCCGUUUACUUACUUCAUCUUCUUACGAAAUCGACAUAAAUGACUUUGCUCUGCUUUUCUUGCUUACUGAUCAGUAGAUGGCCGCCGCCGCGCGGGCGCCCUGCCGGUAGAUUUCCGAAAAUUCAUGCAAUCUAUAGAUACCAGCAGUACGACUCCUGCGAUUCUUUUGCAAUGCAUACACUCAACACUUUGAAGGCCUGCACCGCAAGACCUUACCCCUUCUCGAGCAGGUCCGGGAGAUGCAACACCUGCUAUCGGAGCGAAAAACUGUAAAGCUGUAAUGCAUUCUAUUUAGCACACAAUAAGAAAAUAAGAAAAAGAACAUAGAAUCCCAGACACAAGGAUAAGAACAACCUGGAAAUGGUGCAACAAGAAAGUGUCUUUGAUUUGCCCAUGUGUAUUUUGAUUUACCCACGUGUAUUAUCCUGUUUGGGCAGCACGCAGAGGAAAUUUUUUCACUGUCUUUACCAUGUGCACAAACGCAUUUGUGUUUGUGAUGCGAACCCCGGUACAGUGACGCACUUUUUCCCUGCGAUAGCGACUGGGACUCGAGUACGACCAGGGCGCGGCCGAAGACUUUGACGCUGAAGACGUAUCAGAAUGAAAACAAAUCCCCCCUUCAUCCCACACUCAAGUGAAUAAAAUUUGUGAUGCGGAAAUUGAGUUUGUGUCAUACCAGAAAACACAAAGCGCUCGGCGUAGGAGUGGGCAGCAGCUAGACGCUUUGCAAUUAUGGCGCCCCGAAUUAUAGAAUGACGCGUUGUAAUCUUCAUGGUUCGUGGGCGUCAGGAUGAAAAUAAAAAGCCUCGCUGUUUUAUUGCAAAUGUGACCACAAAUCUACCCGAGAGGGCAUUUUCUCUCUUGAGGAUGGGCAGACGGGACUUUUUUUUUUGAUAGGGCGAAGCUCCUGGCACCGUUGCACGGGAGAUAAAGGAACAGUCGGCAGGGAUCGACACUGCCUAUGAUCAAAUUGAGCAGCACUUACAAACGCAGAAAAACCAUAUCGCUUAUUUGGAUCGGUGCAUCCAGGGCGUCGAGCCGUGUGAUCACCUUGUUUCAGGACUCGAGGCUGAAGUGCGCAGCGUCGAACAGGAGCUAGAAGUGCUCGCGAGGGAGGCGGCCGAGCUGCUGGCCGGGCUGGAAAGGAACUUCCCUCGCGUUGCUUCGCAAUACUUCGGAAGAAAAAAGCAGCUCGGCCAGUUCCUUGCAGAAGUUCAGCAGGACUUUAUGCGCUGCAAAUAUGUCAUGUGGGUCUGGUUCUGGAAGACUGCAACUUUGGAAGAUGCUGCUCUUGAAAUCUACAAAAAUCUGCAUUGCGUGAGCAGCAAGACGAGGAGCCCAGUUUUUGCUUCGCCGAGGCGGCAUUUCUACUCAUGCGGUAUACAUUGGCAUCAGGAACCCCUCGCGAUGAAAUCUGUGCAGAUCAUGUGAAAGCAUACAUAACAGACACGAUGGGUCAUGCAAAAUGUGCAUCAGAAAAAGUCGCACUACUCGUCCAGACCCAGACACAUUUGCAUUUGAUAGAGCUUCGCAAUAUGGAAAUGGCACUCCAGCAGCACCGCUUGUCCGAUCCCGAAGCGGCUCUCGGCCACGGGCAACAAGAGCAUGAUCAUCUUCUGGAACCACUUGGCGUCGGGGGAGUGCAAAAUCUGGAUGCAAAUGUUGAAGCAACUGCACUGCUCGAACAACUGCGCGCGUGGUCUGAACAAAAUAGUCGCUGGGCCGGGAUGGUCCCGGGCCAGAGCGAGGAUUCCCUGGACGCCGGGAAAAACCUGUACAGCUCCGGAUGGAGCUUGCUACGGGAUCUGGAGUCUGUACCGCCCAACUUGCUGCAGCCUCAGCAGCUGGAAGAUCUUCGUAAAGGGAAGGAUGCUUUUCGGGGAGAGCUUGAUUUCCUCGAAAACUAUCUGA